AUGUCUUCGCUGAACUCGGUCGUUAACAAGCUUGUGAGAGCGGCAGCUUCGGUCUCCACGGAAAUAUCAGACGCCGACCUGGACGCGCAUGUCGCCCGCAUCCUCGCAGAGGAAGCCAAGGCCAACGACAGCAAGUGGUCGGAGCUGGGCCUCGGCGCGUACCUCAAGCGCGAGCAGACCCGCGACUCGCCGGACCCGAACGCCCCAAAGCCCAACAAGCGCUUCCUGUCCAGCAUCAUUCGCCAAGUCGACGGGCACAACAAUGCACUGCUCCGGCAGCAGGCAGAGGCGGCGCGGCAGGCGCAGCGCGCGCGCGAGCCCGUGAGAAAAGCGCGAGGGGACGGAAAGACAGGCGCAAACCGGCUAUUCGGCGGUGCGCUUCGAGGGUUGGGUGACAGAGAGCGGAAGCCGUCACGUUCUGAUCGCCGGGAGCGUGAUGGCCGCGACCGCGAGGAGCGCAAGGUGGAUGGGAACGACCGUUCUCGAAGACGCGAGCACGAGCGUGACCGUGAUUCCGACCGCCGUCAUGAUCGGAAAGAGGAAGGCCGCGACCAUCGUCAUCGUGAGCGUUCUCGCUCACGCUCGCGCUCACCGCGCCGCCGCCAUCACUCGGACGACGACGAUGAGCGCAAGACGCGGCGCCGGUACGAUUCGGACAACGAGGAGCGCCGGCAACGUCGACGCGAACAACGGGAGCACCCGUAUGACGAUCGCCGCGGGAAGGAGCGUGACCUCUCACAUGAGCAUCGGUCCGAGGACCGCCGCCGCCGCCGCGACCGUCCUCGCUCUCUCUCACACAGGCACGAGACGGAGCGCAGCAAGUCGCAUCGCGAUCGCGAUCGGAGUCGUUCUCGCUCCCCGUCACCUCGCCGUUCUCCACCAGCUCCUCCUGUACGCUCUCGCACCCGCACCACUCAAGACACGGACGACCGCCCUCGCGAACCGUCGUCCUCACCACCGCCCCCUCCGUCGCGCAUAUCUCGCAUGGACCGGUACUUCAAGCGCGACUACGACCCACGCCUCGACAUUGGCAAGGUGCCCAGAACAGGGCCAGUGACCGCUGUGGGUUGGGACAACAUGCUUGCUGUCUUGAAAGAGCGCGGGAAGAAGCGCCGUCGAAACUCGCCUACGUUGUCGUCGUCACCCGAGCCUGAGCGUAAGGCUCGUCCCAGUGGCCUUCCACCCCAGCCUGCCGUGAGCUCGAUGCCAGCGGAGAUGAAGGAGAUCAUGGGGAUGGAGUACACGCUUCGCGGCCAGAUGCGCGCGUGGGACGUUGGCAAGGACACGUCUGAUUAG